GGCAGUGGGGAUCCCCUAUGCAGAUAAGGAGGAGGGGCCUGUGAUGGUUAAGGGACUAAAGGGGAAACAUGGAGAGAAGGGAGCCCCAGGAGAAGCUGGCAUGUCCAUCAUUGGUCCCCGUGGCCCUCCGGGACAGCCUGGAACAAGAGGUUUUCCUGGGUUUCCAGGCCCUAUCGGUUUAGAUGGAAAGCCAGGUCAAACUGGACAGAAGGGGGAAAUGGGCCCAGUUGGUCCAAAAGGGCAGCCAGGCCCCCCUGGACAAAAAGGAGAAAAGGGUCAAUGUGGAGAUUAUCCACACAGGGAAUACCUAAGUACUACACUCGCAGCUCUGCGUUCUAAUCAGAUCCUUACACUGAAGCUAUUGCCUCUUCUCAAUUCAGUGCGGCUGGCUCCACCCCCAGUCAUAAAGAGACGCACCUUCCAGGGUGAGCAAGGACAGGCAGGGAUCCAAGGACCUCCAGGACCACCUGGGCCACCAGGCCUUCCAGGCACUCCAGGGCAACCAGGCCCAACUGGACCAGCUGGAAAAGCAGGGGAACCAGGGAAGCCAGGCAGGGAUGGAAAGGGCUUGCCAGGACCCCCUGGACCAAAGGGAGACCCUGGAAUUCAAGGAUAUCAUGGCAGAAAGGGUGAGGUGGGUGAAGCUGGCUUACCAGGUGCCCCUGGCCUUCCUGGUCCUCCUGGCCCAAAGGGUGAAAAGGGGGAGACUAGCAUGAAGGGGGAGAGGGGCAUGCCAGGGCUACCAGGAAAACAAGGAGUUCAGGGGAUUCCUGGAAUUGCAGUGGCGGGGAUGAAGGGUGAACCAGGGAUUCCAGGAACAAAGGGUGAGAAAGGAAAACCUGGUGAACUAGGGCCUCCUGGAACCUUGGGACAGAAGGGUGAAAAGGGAGAUUCUGGCAAUGCACUUGGAGGAGGUAAAGGGGAACCUGGGCCACCAGGAUUACCUGGGCCACCAGGACCAAAGGGUCCCAAAGGGGAACCAGGAAAGAAUGAAAUGGUGGGUUACAAUGGCAAUAUCAAUGAAGCUUUACAGGAAAUACGAACUUUGGCUCUCAUGGGACCUCCAGGACUACCAGGUGUUGCAGGGCCACCAGGACCACCUGGACAGAAGGGUGAAAUUGGCCUGUCAGGUCCUCCAGGACAUGAUGGAGAAAAGGGACCACAAGGUAACCCAGGAGAGAUGGGGCCUCCUGGUCCCAAAGGACCUCCUGGAAAUGAUGGACCUCCAGGAAUGAAGGGAGAAAUUGGCUCCAUGGGAACUACAGGAGCAAAAGGAGAAAAGGGGGAGACUGGACAGGCUGGCUCACCAGGUUUAGAUGGCCCAGCUGGAGAAAAAGGUGAUCAAGGGAUACCAGGACCUCUAGGACUAACAGGUCCAAUUGGACUUCCAGGUUUUACCGGAGAGAAGGGAGAGCCUGGUGCAAAAGGAGACACCGGAGAUUCAAUAACUGGGCCACCAGGGCCUCAAGGUCCACCAGGAACACCAGGUCUCCAAGGUCUUCCAGGACCUAAGGGGGAAGCAGGCAUUGAUGGAAUGAAAGGUGGAAAGGGUUCCCAGGGUGAGAAAGGAGACAGAGGUCCUCUGGGAUUGCCCGGUGCUUCAGGUUUAGACGGCAGGCCUGGCCCACCGGGUAUUCCAGGACCAAUUGGAAUUCCAGGACCAGCAGGACCAAAAGGAGAGAGGGGCAGUAAAGGAGAUCCUGGAACUGCAGGACCAAUAGGACCAGCAGGGCUUCAUGGUUUACAAGGCUCACCGGGUGAAAAAGGAAGCCGGGGGGAAAGGGGCAAGAAAGGCUCUAGAGGGCCUAAAGGGGAUAAGGGAGACCAAGGAGCACCUGGAUUAGAUGCACCCUGUCCAUUGGGGGAAGAUGGCUUGCCCGUUCAGGGAUGCUGGAAUAAGUGAAAAUUCUAACCAUGGACUGGCCUGUGUGGUCAAACUCCUUGGCUGAUAGCCAAAUAAUGAAACAAGUAAGAGGGUGGAGAUACUUGUGGAAGGCCUACAGUGGUGACAGAAGAACAUACUGCCUGAAGGUUUGCUGAAGAUAUUGAGUGAGUUGUCACCAAGGAGCACGGAAGUAUUCUUGAGCCAUGCACGCCAGAGUUUUGUUCCUGAACAGUGGGCCUGGUGGAGUUACAGAAGAUGAACACACCAGUGGUUUUUGCUCUCAGCACCAGUGCCAAUAGUGAAAGAAAUCAGCUUCUGUUUUAUUGUUUCUCCUUUCCAUUCAUUCUGUUAUAAUGAAGCCUUCACAUGAAGAUCUUGGCAUGCUGUCCAGCAGCUGGUGUGAUGAGCAUUAGGACAUAGACAACAGUUCUGUGGUGGUUUUUCUUUUGAAAAAAUGGAGAUACUUUCUCAACUUUCUAAAUAAUAAACUUGAAUAUUCAUUUAGAAAUCCAACUCCAAUGAAGAUAUAGCAAAGCUUUUAUCACCUUUCCUGGUUACCAGGUGAUGAACAGUUUUUUCAUCCUCAUUUUAUGAUUCCAUCCUUAACCCUUUUCAUAGCUUCUCAAAAGCUAUCAUUUAUUUUCUGCAAGAAAAGUUAUUAUUAUUUUGUUGUUGUAAUAGAAAAUAAUUUUAAAUAUGACAAAUGUUUGGUUUUAUAAGACAGACUCUUUGGCAUAAUUUUAGUUGUGCUCCAUUUAAGACUUACAUUUUUUGUACUAGAAACAUUUGUGCUACAUGUUUGUCCUAAAGUGUUUUUCUGUCUUGCUAAACCUCUUCAUUAAAGAAGCCAUUCAAAGCGUACUUUUUAAAGGGACUAUCCCAAAAGUGCUAAAAGAAACCCCAUACAAAUAGGCUGCUCCUUUUAAUGGAUUGUACUACAUGUAAACAAAGAUUAGAAAGAAGACUGUGUGACAUUUGGCCACCUUCCAGUCAUCAGUUACUGAAGAUGCUUUUGAUGGUGAUUUUCUUUUCGUUGGUAGUUCUGCAGUAAUACCUGACGUCUUUGAGAAAAUCUCAUGAACGUAGUGAAGUGUGAGGAACUUACUAUUUAGUUUGCCCAUUAGUUCUAAAGCUUCUUCUGCUGAUGCCUCUAUUCCUUGUAGUUCUUAUGUAUUGCCUCUGAAAGUGGUUCAGGUCUGAUCUUGGCAGUGUUUUCGGCUGUGAAGACAGAAUUCAUUCUCUACUAGCUCCUUAUUCUCUCUGAAUGUUUCUUUAUAUCUUUGCCAUUCAUUGCAGCCAGGGUUUCUCUCCAGUCUAGCAGCUCCUAGCAUACAUGGGCCUUUCAGUGAACACACAGUGCCCCUGCAUACAAAAGGGCUUACCUGUGCCUUUCAGCAGAAGGUGCAACGCUCUGCAUAUUCAUUUCUUUGCACAUACACAACCACCUUGCUGGGAAAUUGAUAUAUACAAGAGAUCUAUGUGCAAAUCAGAACAGCAUAAAGCGCUAAUUCAGGUGAUAUAUAGAAGUAAAUCCUACUGAUCAGUGUAACUUAUAUCCAUAUAAUUUGUUCAAGGAAAGAUGCUCUAGUAAAACUUUAUAAAUCUGCCAGUGCCACUCCAUUUUUUCAGUCAGUGACAGUGAGAACUGCCAAAUGAUGACUUUAACCACUUUUUUAAAAACAGCUAAUUCCCCGGAAAUCAAAAAUGAUAUUUACUCAAUCCUGUCUAACCACCCUGAGAUAUUUUAUGAAAGGUGGUAUAUAAAUGCAACAAUAAAUAAAUGCUGUUCUUAUACAACAUAAAUCACAUUUCAUAUAUCUGAAUGGAGAGCAGGGCCUGAGCUGUUUAACAAGACUAUAAAACUGUCAAGAAUUCGCAAGACAGAGAUCAAAUAUUAUGGACUGGUUAUUAGAAAGUUUAGUUGCCAUUGAGUACUAGCUCAGAAAAUCUCACCUACAGCAAAACCAGGAUGCAGGACAGUUGUUUAUGAGAAUAUGAGAACUACCUGUUUUUACAUACAGUACCCAUUAUGUUAGAAUUACACACAGUUUCCGGUAUGCCUUUUUUUGUCAUGAAAAGCUAUGUAUAUUAGUUUACUGAUGUUAAUUUAACUACAACUUGUUCUAUUAUUCAUAUUUUAGUAUUACAUUUCUUUUUUAAAAAAUGUGUUACAUUUUCUUUAGCUUAAUU